UGGUCAGGUUAGGGCAUUUGGCGCGGGAUGCAAACCAAUCUGGGAACCGGAAUUAUCCAAUUUCUCACCUUCUCAAUCUUAAUCCCAAUCAGUUCCUUUUCCUCCAACUCCAAUUAAGCCGAGAGAGAAUUUCUUUUGCUACUCCUGAUGGGUGCUCCUAAGCAGAAGUGGACUGCAGAAGAGGAAGCAGCGCUUAAAGCUGGAGUUGUCAAGCACGGGGUUGGUAAAUGGCGUACGAUACUCAAGGAUCCAGAGUUUAGCAGUGUCUUAUAUCUGCGGUCGAAUGUGGAUCUUAAGGAUAAGUGGAGAAAUCUGAGUGUGAUGGCAAAUGGAUGGAGCUCCAGGGAAAAGUCUAGGUUAGCAGUCAGAAGGGUGCAUCAGGCCCCAAAACAUGAUGAGAACUCUAUGGCUGUCACUUCUGUUGUUCCAAGUGAUGAAGAAAUUGUUGAUGUUAAGCCUCUUCAAGUUUCUAGAGAUAUGGUGCAGAUUCCUGGUCCAAAAAGGUCUAUCGUAAGAUUGGAUAACCUUAUAAUGGAAGCAAUAAGUAGCUUGAAGGAGAAUGGUGGCUCUAAUAAAACAACUAUUGCAGCUUUCAUAGAGGACCAAUACUGGGCACCGCCAGACUUCAAAAGGUUGUUGUCAGCAAAAUUAAAAUUUUUGACAGCAAGUGGGAAACUGAUCAAGGUAAAACGCAGGUAUAGGAUUGCACCUACUCCAGCAUAUUCUGACAGAAGAAGAAACUCAUCCAUGUUGUUAAUGGAUGGGAGGCAGAAAGCCUCUUUAAAAGUUGACAAGGAUGAAACCAACAUCCUUACAAAGUCUCAGAUAGAUAUAGAAUUAGCAAAGAUAAGGUCCAUGACUGCACAAGAGGCAGCUGCUGUUGCUGCUCGAGCAGUUGCUGAAGCAGAAGCCGCCAUAGCAGAAGCCGAAGAGGCAGCAAGGGAGGCAGAGGCAGCAGAAGCUGAUGCAGAGGCAGCACAAGCUUUUGCAGAAGCUGCAAUGAAAACACUGAAAGGGAGAAGCACUCCAAAGAUGAUGAUCCAUGCUUGAUGGAAGUUAGAAGAAUUGGACAUGAGGAGCGAUGAAUUGUGGCGUUGAUUAGCUCUGACAGCCAGAUACAGAUUUAUCAUUUACUGGCAUUGUCUAUAUUUUACAUACAUCAUUAUAUUGGAGGCUUUCCUAGUGGCUUUAUGCAGGUUUUACUUUUAUUAGGAGGUUAUUCUGAAUUUUUCGAUCUUGAAAUAUCCUUCUUGUAUAUAGAAACAUUGUUUGAAUCUUGUAAUUUCGUGAGCGCUGUUGUACCCAUAUUUAUUGCAUAUUAGCGCUCUGUCUUAUGUACCAUUUGUAGAAAGUAGAUGUUUAGAUGAAUGGGAAUUAGUUCAAAUUUCUUCAAAAACAUACAACUCUAUUACUGCAUCCUUUUGAGUGGAAGCAAGGCUGCACCAGGAAUCUCUUCAUAUUGUUGGAAGUGUUCUGUUGUGCCUCGGAACC